AUGGGUUCAAUCCGGGCAAAGCGGUCGCUGAGGAUUGGCGUCGACGUCGGAGGUACCAACACGGAUGCUGUGCUUCUCGACUUGGAUGCAGUCCACCAGCCCAAUCGUGGAGUGCUGGCCUGGCAUAAAACACCAACGACAAGUCCCAAUGUGACGGACGGUAUCGAGACGGCCGUGGGUAGCGUGCUCAAACAGGCCGAGGAUCGCGUUUCAGAAAUAACCUGCCUCAUUAUUGGAACUACCCAUUUCCUGAAUGCCGUCAUUGAACGCGAUGUACAUCGGCUGUCCAAAGUUGCUGUGAUUCGACUGUCCAGGAGUUUUACCAAAGACAUUCCUCCCUUUUCGGACUUUCCCCCAGUACUGGCUGACCUUCUUCACGGCUACCACGGUUAUGUCGAUGGAGGCCUCCACAUCGAUGGCGCACAGGAAGCUCCAAUCAACGAGGAGCAAGUCUUGAAAGAGUGCGAGGCCAUUGAAAGACUCGGGAUCAAGGCCGUGGUCAUCUCUGGGAUUUUCUCGCCUAUCGAUCAGCAUUUUCACCAGGAGAAGCGCGUACGCGACAUAAUACAAAAGCGACUACCCGACGUCGACGUCGUCUGUUCGUCCGAAGUCUCCAAUAUCGGAUUAUUGGAAAGAGAAAACGCGUCCAUUUUGAAUGCAUCCAUUCUGAAGUUUGCGAGACGCACGAUCCGUGGCUUUCGUGCUGCUAUGAGGCGGCUGAAGCUCGACUGCACGCUAUUCAUCUCGCAGAACGACGGCACAGUCCUCGAUUCCGUCUCAGCCGCAAAACUGCCCAUCAAGACAUUUUCCUCGGGCCCCACAAACUCCAUGCGAGGAGCCGCAUAUCUUGGCCUCGGACAACUGGGACUUCAGGGCGAAGAACGUACUUCGACAAUUGUAAUUGACGUUGGCGGUACGACCACUGAUUGCGGUGUUCUGUUACCGUCAGGAUUUCCUCGUGCAGCAUCAGCAUAUGUUAGUGUGGCGGGUGUGACAAUGAACUUUCCAAUGCCGCACUUGGAAUCAAUCGGCCUCGGAGGAGGAUCGAUCAUACGCGAGCGCGGCACGGACGUCUCGAUCGGGCCGGAUUCGGUAGGAUACCAACUGACCACUAAGUCGAGGGUAUUUGGUGGUGAUACUUGUACAACCACUGAUGUUGCCGUCGCCGGAGGGCUUGCUGUCGGGAAUCCAGAAUUGGUCAGCGACAUCAAGGCUGAAAUGAUACAGCGCGUUCGUGCGAGAACGAAAAAAAUGCUUGAGCGUGUCAUUGACCGCUUGAAACUCACUCCUGCACCAUUGCCCGUUCUCUUGGUCGGUGGUGGAUCUGUCAUCUGUCCAUUAGAGCUCGAAGGCGUGUCUCAAGUCGUGGUUCCGAAGUUUCACUCGGUGGCAAAUGCAGUUGGAGCUGCGAUAUCCAGGGUUUGUGGCUCUGUCGAUGCCAUCUACAGCAUUACAGACAUGUCCUUGUCUGAAGUCGUGGAGGAUGCAAAAGCGCAAGCGAUUACAAAAGCUGUGACGGGAGGAGCCGACUCAAAUACAGUGACCGUGGUGGAAAUCGACACCUUGCCGAUUCCAUACGUUUCAGGACAAAUCCGUGUCCUUGUCAAGGCAGUUGGAGAUCUGUCCCUUGAUUUUGUUGCGGACAGCAAGACUGUCUCUGACUUGGAGGAUGACGUAUAUGAACCUCAUGUCGAACAGGUCAAAGACCUCUCGUCGUCCUCGAAAGAAGAGAUCACCAGCGGCAAGUUCGAUUUCGACGCAUACCGGCCGCUGAUCAAACGAAACACCGACACCGGUGUCCCUGAGUGGAUUGUGUCAGAGACCGACCUUGAGUGGCUCAGUGUAGGGUGCUACAUUCUGGGUUGUGCAGGUGGUGGUUCACCCAAAUCCGAAUUCCUCAAACUCCGCGAUCAAAUCCGAGCUGGGUGUACGGUUCGUAUAAUUGACAGCUCCUCCUUGAAGGAAGACGCGCUCAUAUACUGGGGCGGUAUGAUGGGAUCGCCAGCCGUCUCCAUUGAGCGAUUGAACUCAUCGGAAUGCAUAGCAGCCGUGGCAGACCUGAUGGAGUACCUAGGUCACAAAUCAUUCGAUGCCAUCAUGGGCCUGGAGAUUGGAGGGGCAAACGGGUUAGAGCCUUUGCUCAUUGGCUCUUCUCAUGCGUUCGAUAGACCAGUAAUCGACGCAGAUUGGAUGGGUCGAGCAUAUCCAACAUACUGGCAAACCACAAUUGCCGUCCAUGAAACUGGGCAACUCACCCCGUGCGCAAUUGCUUCGGGUGACGGCAAAACGAUCAUCAUGACAAAGUCCCCUGACGAUGAAAUAGUCGACCGUGCCUUGCGAGCCUCUUGCUCGGAAAUGGGAUCUAGAGUGGGCAUGGCAGCCAAGCCGACGACGACUGAUCGUGUCAGAUCUUAUGGGGUCAUCAACACCCUUUCACUGGCCUGGCGAAUUGGGAGGACCGUUGCCCGUGCUCAACAAGAGAGCACUAUUCAUACCGUUGCAGAACAAAUCAUCGACGAAGUUGGCGGUCCGUCCACUGCGAAGAUCCUCUUCCGAGGGAAGAUAGUGGCCGUCGAACGAAGGGUGUUCAAAGGACAUUCUUAUGGAGAGAUCACAAUAGCUCAAACCGACGAAGACGAAGAGGAGCAGGGCCAUGAGAUGGCGGCAGUUGCUGAAGGAGGGGUGGUCAAGAUUCCGUUCAAGAACGAAAACAUUUAUGCAAAGCAUAUCGCCAAUGACGGAACCGAAACAUACCUGGCGACAGUUCCCGACCUGAUCUCAGUUCUCGACACGCAAUCUGGAUGCGCCCUUGGCGUUCCUGAAUUUCGAUAUGGGUUGCUAGUAACAGUGCUUGGAAUUACCUGCUCGCCGCGGUGGUCAGACACCAAGAAGGGGUUGGAGUAUGGUGGACCGCAGGCAUUCGGAUACAAUAUUGACUACCGUCCUUUGGGUGUGUUUGUUGAGCCCAAGAGUGUGGUUCUCGAGUACGCAGAUGCGACGAACUGA